UCGGCUAAUUAUCGGCCGCGGUUUCUGGCAACGCCAGCAUACAUUUAUCGGCGCAACCGGUUACCAGCGCCACCUUGCGGUACCGGGAAGUGACAGUGCCAGCUGUUGCGGCAGCAGGCCAUGGUUGCUGGAAAUGGGAGUAGGAGAUGGCGGCAGGAGAAGGAUGGGAAUAAACGGAUGCAAAAGGGUUUUGAAAGAGCCAUGCGGUACGCGAGAUGGUGGCGGCAUUGUUGCUGGUGAAUGAGACGAGCAAGGACGGAGCACGGACACAGACCCGAAAGAAUUUUGAAUAUACCUAUAACCUGAAAAUAGAUAAUCAUAGACCCCGCAGCAGACGAGCGGCCGCUGGGUCUGUUUAUUUUGGACUUAUGCUACAUUUUGGAUAUUGGGCAAUUGGUAGCCACCAGCACAUGCCCAAUCGUCCCGCUGACCACGUUUCGACGCAUGUUGAGGCUGAAUUGACCGCCGCAUCGCCAUCAUCAUCUCAUCGUCGCAUCUACGUCAGCGGCAGCCCGUACAACCGCGUCUUCAGGGCUAUCCCACCGACCAGCGGAUUCUACCGUACCGCCAGCAUAGACGACGGAGGAUACGUGCCGUAG